AUUAAUGCGUUUUAGCGCCAUUUUAGUGAUUAGUGAUCCUUUUGCAUUCUGCAUUUCAUAUUUCUUGUUUGGUCCAAGUUAGCAUCCUAGGCGCCUAGUUGAUUUUGAUCUUAUUGUUUGAAUAGUAAAUCUUUAUUGAUUCUCAAUUUUGCACCGCUAAUUAAGCGUUUGUGAUUGUGUCAACUCCUUUAUUCUAGAAUUUUUAGGAGGUAGAAUUCCAAAAAACAACAAUGGUGAAGAUAACUUACAAACCUGGUGAUAAGGUAUUUGCCAAAGUAAAAGGAUACCCGCCAUGGCCAGCAAAGGUCGUAAGUGAUCUUGGAAGGAAUAAAUUCAAUGUACUGUUUUAUGGUACCCAAGAAACGGGUAAAAUUAAACAAGAAGACUUGGCUUUCUACCUUAAAUACAAAAACUCUUAUGUACACAAAUAUGUAAAAAGGGCUGGCUAUUUGGACGCUGUAAAGCAAAUUGAAGAAGAUAUUGCAAAAGAUGGUGUAGAUAUUAACCAAAUAAAUCUUGACAUAUCUGGUAGUGACAUUGAUAGAACUCUGGACGAUGCAAGUUACACUAGUGAAAAAAGCACUCCCAAACACAAAUUCCAUAAAACUGCUGAUAAUGACCAACCAGCUGCUGGUGUCGUCGUGAAUAAAGCAGGACGACGGAAAAGGAGCAAUGUGUCUGAAACGAAUUCGGAAGGAGCUGAUUCCAAGAAAGUUAGAAGGGAGUCAUCUUCUUCAGUUGUUGAAAAUGAUAGUGAAGAUACUGCCAACGAUGACGCUCCAAAAAAAGUGGAAUCCACUGCUGACGAUAACAAUGACGAAGAAAUUGCAAGUGAAACGGACCAAGCAUCAGCAGAAGUACCUAAAAAUAAAGAGCCAGCAGCAACUGAAAAAAAUAAAGUUGACGAAGUGGAAGAUAAAGAAGACAUCAAACCCUAUAAAAAACCUAAAGACGACUUGGAAAUUGUUACUAAAAGGACGCUUAACAAUUUCAUUUUAUAUGCUGAACACGUUAAAAAGAAUCCAGCCUUAUAUAAGGAAAAACCAGUUGAAACAACAAGAGAGACUUCCAAGAAAGACAUAUAUGCCUUCAAACUACCAUCAGGCAAAGUUUGUGGUGUCAAACUAUAUAAGAACUGGCCUCCUAUGCACACAAACGAGUACGAAAGGGCCAUUUAUGACGAAAAAAUUGCUAAUGCAGCUCUGGAAGCUGAAACUAUACUUACCAACGAAACAAAAACGUUUGAAGAAAUUGAGAUGGAAGUUGUUCCGGACAUUGAAAUUACCGAAAGUGACCUGAAAUCGAUAACUGAACUAAAAGACAUGGAUAUGGAUGCGAGAAAGCGCAGACUAGCUAGACAGUAUAUAGAAUCCAGGCUGGUUAAGUGGGAUUUUAAGAUAAAAUGUAAUUUAGGUUUGGAUUCGGCUUUACCAGAUAUCGCUUUGAAUACUUUGAAAGAGUUCACAGAAUUUGAGGAGGACUUGGACGCGUUAAUGUUCAAGAAAAAUCCUCACGUUUUGGAUACUCUGAGAAGAUUAAGAAAAUAUGUUGGUAACGCAAGAGAAUGGAAUAUAAGCGAUAGUGACUUGGAAAAAUUUAUUGAAAAAGCUGCAAAUAUUAGAACAGAAGCUGGCUUAAUUUACAACAGAAUACAGACACUGUUUCCAAUUGACACAACAGAAGGUGUAUUUUGGGAUUCUUUUAUGGAUGUUGUCUCUGACUUUAGAAUGAAGUGUAAAGAGCUAACAGAGGACCAGGUCAUGGCAUUGUGUGAUGAACCAGAUACUAGAUUAGCGUUUUUUGACAUGCUUCUCAUAAAACCGACCAAGGAUGAAUCUGGGGAAAAAGAGGAAAAAAAAUAAUCCCAUUCAGGAUUAUAUUAUGUAUAUUUAAGCUCAACUCGUUUAUUUUGUAAAAAAAAAAAAAAAUAUUUUUUUUUGAAUUUACAAAUAUGUUAUAGGUCAUUAUCAUUAUUGUUUCAAAAUAAUUUGAAGUUAGGUAAAAUUUCAAUAUAGGACUUUCUCAGAGAUAAGUGAUUUUUUUUUUUCAGAGAAAAAAUAUCAAAUUAUCAGAAAUCUGAAAAAUGUCCGUUUUGGGAUAGUUACCUGUACAUACUUAGCAGAAUUACGAUUUCCAGUCCUAUUAAUUUGAAGUGUUCAAUCAAUGUACAAAAAUUGCUCAGUUGAAUUUCAGAUGAAAAAGAUUUAAAGGAUUUUUUAGCAACAAACCGUCUGUAACCGUGUUAUAAACGGUAACUGAAAGUACAUCAUAUUUUCAGUUACCGUUUAUAACACGGUUAGUCGCUAAAAAAUCUUUCUAAUGAGUAGUAAACUUUUGGCUUUUGGUCAAUUUUCCCAAAAUUUAUAAUUUUUUUCAAAAUGUAUUUGAAACAAAAUCAAAACUACAGAAUUUUUAAGUCCUAUUUUGAACAAAUAGGCUUUUUUACAUUGGUAUGUUUUCGAGGGGACUGUCACUGUCCAAUUGAACCCAAUUUUUCUUACCUAGCUCUAAAACCCAGUUCUACUAUUCACUAUAAAAUACUAUAAGAAAACUUGUGUAUUAUUUGUGAAUCUGCUUAAUAUAGGAACUGUGCAAUCGUCCAUCCAC